AUGGCCAUCACCGAUGCUAUCAAAGUCCUCGAGGAGACCUUCCUCUCUCAGGUCCUCCUCCCAGGAACAGUGGAAUACACCGAGCUCAACAGCUCGUACCUCUCUGCCCUCGAGAACGACAUCACCCCGGCCUGUAUCUUCCGCCCCACGAGCAACCAAGAUAUCUCAACCUUCCUGAAGCUGACCAACAAUACUCACUUUGCCAUCCGCGGCGGCGGACAACAGCCUCUACCCGGCUGCGCCAACAUCCCCGACGGCAUCACCCUCGACCUGGGUCUUCUAACGGGCAUCGAGCUGAACGAAGACACCAGCACCGUCUCCAUCGCCGCCGGUGAGCGCUGGGGUAACGUAUACAAUGUCCUCGCUCCCAAAAACCUCGCCGUCGCCGGUGGUCGUUCUGCAAAUGGAGGCAUCGGGGGCUUGGCCUUACAAGCCCUCAAUCCUCCAACCCACUCCCUAACACAUCCCAGCGGCCUCUCCUUCUUCUCCUCCCGCGAAGGCUUCAUCUGUGACAACCUCACCAAACCGGAUGCCUCGCAUGAUACUCAUUUGAUGCUGAGUAUCGGGUACGCGGCGCCGUUCGGGGGAACUAUGUGUCAGAAUCAGGUAUAUUUCACCAAGGCUGGGGACGGGGAAACAGAUGUCCCGAGAGUGUUGGAGAGAUUUGUAGAUAUAACCCCCCGACUGGAGGAGUUGAGUUCGGUCAAGUUGAUGGAUAUUAAAGAGGCAGCGGGGGGGCAGGCUGCUGUUGCUAUGGAAGACAUGCGCUCUGCAUAUAUGAACAUAACCCUCAAAGCCUCCUCCCCGGCCCUCGAAACCGCAGCAGAUAUCUACACCUCACCUCUGGACCCUAUUAAAUCCAAAGAAGGUAUCAUAUGCUCGCUAACACUCCAGCCUCACCCGGUCUCCCUGUUAGAGAAGUCCGUCGAGCUGGGAGGUAACUCUCUCGGCUUGAGUCCCGAGGACGGCCCCUUGAUCUCGGUGCUGUUGCUCGCGUAUUGGAAGGACAGGGAGGAUGAUGAGCAUAUCAUGGGUCUGAUGAAGGAUACUCUGGGGAGGAUUGAAGCUGACGCGAAGGAGAAGGGCCAGGCGGUUGGGUUUACGUUCAUGAACUAUGCUUCUGGGUUUCAGGAUCCGGUUGCGUCGUAUGGGGUGGAGAAUGUGAGCAGGUUGCAGGGGGUUAGUCGGAAGUAUGAUCCUGAGGGGGUUUUUCAGAGGUUGGUUCCUGGGGGUUUUAAGUUGUUUGGUUAG